ACAAAGUGCUGGUCACAGCGCUGCAUCGGCGUCUUACACCCCCAGAGUGACGAGCCGUGGCUUGAGGCCAGCGCGGAGGCUGCCCCCUCCCCCUUUGGGCCCGGAGGCGCAGAGCUGGGGUUAGCACCAACUGAGCUCAGGGGGCGGUGUCGCAGGAAUGGGGGAGAAGGGAGGGGCUCUAAAAUGCUAUAAAGAGGCAGCCCUGGUCGCCUAAUUCUUGCACUCGCUGGAAAGCAGCUCAGAGCCAGGUGCUAUCGCAAAGCCAGAGCGUACCGCCGGACCGGAGAGAGCUCAGAUCGAGCUACUGCGGGGCCAAGGCAGAGGAAGAAGAGUCCAGGCUCCUAUCCUGGACUUGUCCCCCAGCUCCGGAGCUCUUCUCGAUCUCGCAGCAGCCUCUUGACUGCUCCAGCCGUGCGGUGCCUCUAACCCGGUGCUGGAAUUAAAAGUUCCCGCGCGCCGGCGAAGCGCCUCUUUCUAACUGACCGGGAGCUACGGCUGCUAGCUCUGCGCGAACUUUCAAAUCAAAGUGAUCGUGAAUUUUAAGCAUCUGGAGCAAGCCAACUAAGCUUUGCUCGUCUAACCAGAACAAGAAUUCGCUGCACUGCGAAGUGCGGUGUCAUGCAACCAGCAGUCCCUUUGGAGUCACGCAGGCAGAAGCCCCGCUCCGACAUGCAGCGGGCAGCAAUGCUGAGCUCUCUGCCUGUCCCCAGGUUGUUGCUGCUGCUCGCUUCGGUAGCAAUGCUGCUGUGUCUGCGGAGUGCAGACGGGCGCCCCACGGAGGAGGACGAAGAGCUGGUACUGCCUUCUCUAGAGCAUAGCCCGGGCCACGAUUCCACCAUGCGCCUCCGUCUGGAUGCCUUUGGCCAGCAACUGCACCUGAAGUUGCAGCGGGACAGCGGUUUCCUGGCGCCUGGCUUCACGCUCCAGACUGUAGGGCGCAGUCCCGGGUCCGAGGCACAGCAUCUGGACUCCACUGGGGACCUGGCUCACUGCUUCUAUUCCGGCACGGUGAAUGGUGACCCCAGCUCCGCCGCUGCCCUCAGCCUCUGUGAAGGUGUGCGCGGUGCCUUCUACCUACAAGGCGAAGAGUUCUUCAUUCAGCCAGCGCGGGCGGCCGCCACCGAGCGCCUAGUCCCAGGCACUCAGGAGGAGGAGUCAGCCGCACCGCCUCAGCUCCACAUCCUGAGGCGAAGGCGGCGGGGCAGCGGCGGCGCCAAAUGCGGUGUCACGGACGACCAGGCCCUGCCAACCAGUGACUCGCUAUCAGAAAGCCAGGACUCCCAGAACCGUUGGCCGCUGCGGGACCUCACUCCACAAAGCGCGGGAAAGCCAACAGGACCUGGAAGCAUAAGGAAAAAGCGAUUUGUGUCCAGCCCCCGUUAUGUGGAGACCAUGCUCGUGGCUGACCAGUCCAUGGCUGACUUCCAUGGCAGCGGUCUGAAGCAUUACCUUCUUACCUUGUUUUCGGUGGCCGCCAGGUUUUACAAGCACCCCAGCAUUAGGAACUCAAUUAGUCUGGUGGUGGUGAAGAUUUUGGUCAUCUAUGAGGAGCAGAAAGGGCCGGAAGUUACCUCCAAUGCUGCUCUCACCCUUCGGAAUUUCUGCAGCUGGCAGAAGCAACACAACACCCCUAGUGACCGGGAUGCAGAGCACUAUGACACAGCAAUUCUUUUCACCAGACAGGAUUUAUGUGGCUCCCACACAUGCGAUACUCUCGGGAUGGCUGACGUUGGAACUGUAUGUGACCCUAGCAGAAGCUGUUCAGUCAUAGAAGAUGAUGGCUUACAAGCUGCCUUCACCACAGCCCAUGAAUUGGGCCACGUGUUUAACAUGCCACAUGAUGAUGCAAAGCAUUGUGCCAGCUUUAAUGGUGUAAGUGGGGACUCUCAUCUAAUGGCCUCAAUGCUCUCGAGCUUGGACCAUAGCCAGCCCUGGUCUCCUUGCAGUGCCUACAUGGUCACAUCAUUCCUGGAUAAUGGCCAUGGGGAAUGUUUGAUGGACAAGCCCCAGAACCCGAUCAAGCUCCCAUCUGACCUCCCUGGGACCUUGUAUGAUGCCAACCGCCAGUGUCAGUUUACAUUUGGAGAGGAAUCCAAACACUGCCCUGAUGCAGCCAGCAUAUGUACUACUCUUUGGUGCACUGGUACCUCCGGUGGCUUACUGGUGUGCCAAACGAAACAUUUCCCUUGGGCAGAUGGUACCAGCUGUGGAGAAGGGAAAUGGUGUGUCAGCGGCAAGUGUGUGAACAAGACCGACAUGAAGCAUUUCGCUACUCCUGUUCAUGGAAGCUGGGGGACAUGGGGACCCUGGGGAGAGUGUUCAAGGACCUGUGGUGGAGGAGUUCAGUACACAAUGAGAGAAUGUGACAACCCAGUCCCCAAGAACGGAGGGAAGUACUGUGAGGGCAAGCGAGUACGCUACAGGUCUUGUAACAUCGAGGACUGUCCAGAUAAUAACGGAAAAACCUUCAGAGAGGAGCAAUGUGCAGCACACAACGACAUUUCAAAAGCUUCCUUUGGGAAUGAGCCCGCGGUGGAAUGGACGCCCAAGUACGCUGGCGUCUCGCCCAAGGACAGGUGCAAGCUCACCUGUGAAGCCAAAGGCGUUGGCUACUUCUUUGUUUUACAGCCUAAGGUCGUAGACGGCACUCCCUGCAGUCCAGACUCUACUUCUGUCUGUGUGCAAGGACAGUGCGUAAAAGCUGGUUGUGAUCGCAUCAUAGAUUCCAAAAAGAAGUUUGACAAAUGUGGCGUUUGUGGAGGAAAUGGCUCCACAUGCAAGAAAAUAUCAGGAUCCGUCACUAGUACCAGACCUGGGUAUCAUGACAUUGUCACAAUUCCUGCUGGAGCCACCAACAUUGAAGUGAAACACCGUAAUCAAAGGGGGUCCAGAAACGAUGGCAGCUUUCUGGCUAUUAGAGCUGCAGACGGUACCUAUAUUCUGAAUGGAAACUUCACUCUGUCCACGCUAGAGCAAGACCUCACCUAUAAAGGUACUGUCUUAAGAUACAGUGGCUCCUCGGCAGCGCUGGAAAGAAUCCGCAGCUUUAGUCCACUCAAAGAACCCUUAACCAUUCAGGUUCUUAUGGUGGGCCAUGCUCUCCGACCCAAAAUCAAAUACACCUAUUUUGUGAAGAAGAAGAAGGAGUCAUUCAAUGCUAUCCCUACUUUUUCCGAGUGGGUGAUUGAAGAGUGGGGGGAAUGCUCCAAGUCCUGUGGAUCAGGUUGGCAGAGAAGAGUGGUUGAAUGUAGAGACAUUAAUGGGCAACCUGCUUCUGAGUGUGCAAAAGAAGUGAAGCCAGCCAGCACCAGACCUUGUGCAGACCUGCCUUGCCCACAUUGGCAGGUGGGGGAUUGGUCACCAUGUUCCAAAACUUGUGGGAAUGGUUACAAGAAGAGAACCUUGAAAUGUCUGUCCCAUGAUGGGGGAGUGUUAUCCAAUGAGAGCUGUGAUCCUUUGAAGAAACCAAAGCAUUACAUUGACUUUUGCACACUGGCUCAGUGCAGUUAAGCAGUUCUGAGAACAAGGUAGCAUAGGAGGGCUGACACACUGAGACCAAGAGUGCUGGAGCGUUGAGUCAAGCCAGUAACCAGUGAGGUGUGUCCAGGAGGUGUGUGUAGGGG